AUGGCUUUUCAUAUCCUACUGGAAGAGAUAGAAGUCCUACGACUGGAAGGCUUCUCGUUAGUGGCUGACGAUAUGAUGAUCACCGCUCAAAACAUCGUGGAUUUGGUGUUCUCAAGUCAUGGCGGAUGGGCUUUCCUCCAGCUUGGACAGCACCAGCAGUCCUUCCUCCAGCAGAUGCAACAGAAUUACUCUUUCAACUUGCCCCAACCAAACUUCUUCAUCAAUCAGCAGAUACCACCACCAGCGAUGAUUGGCCAGGCUCCCACCCAGAAUGUUGUAGUGCACUCGCAUAUAGCUUCAGCUCCCACCCAGAACGUUGUAGUGCACUCGCAUGGAGCCCCAGCGCCCGCUCAAAUCCAAGGGUCCUCCGAACAAGACAAAAACGAGCUCUAUCUCGACCGACUCAACAAAGACAACAACCGCAACGAGAAGAUGAAGAACAGAUACGAGGAUGAACUAGCCGUGAAGGAGCGAGCCAGGUUGGAAGCUGAAGCGAAGAAGACGAUUGAGGCAGCGGAAGAGAAGGCUCGUAAGUUCAAGGAGGCCCAGGAAAGAUUCGAAAGGAACAGGAUUGAAAACAAUUUGAAAGAGGACACAAUACUGCGCAUUGACGAAGCGAAGAGCAUACAAGACGAGCUGGAUCGUAAGACGCGUGAGAUGACGGAGAGGACAGAGCAGGAAAAGAUUGAUGCUGCACGAAGGUUUGCGCAAACACGUCAGGAAGCAGCCGCAAAAAGGGAGCAGCAGAGGCGAGAGGAGGAGAGGCGAGAUCAGGAGAGGCGAGAGGAGGAGAGGCGAGAUCAGGAGAGGCGAGAUCAGGAGAGACGGGAUCAGGAGAGGCGGGAUCAAGAGAGACGGGAUCAGGAGAGACAGCGACAGCUGGAUGCCUCCAGAAACCGAACAAAUGACUUGGAUAGUCAAUCAUACAACCAGCAGCGCGUGCUACCGGAAAGGGAAAGACCACGGCGGUCCUCCCCGAUCCCACAAAAUCAGCUCGUUUCUGACGACGACGAUGACGACUCCGACAGCGACGAAGAAAAGCGGAAAGACCCGUACGAACUCAUUGGUCUGCCCGACAGAGGGCGCACACCAGUCAAAGACAUCGAGACUACCCAAACAGUGUUGAACAAGAUCCAUCAGAAGACACUCGAUACUGCGAUGUCAGACUCCAAGAGACAACAUGCUGAGAAACGUAUGGUUGAGAUCAAGUGGGCAGCGGCCAUUCUCUUGGAUGAAAUGAACAAGAGGGCUUAUGAUGAGGCUGGUGCUAUAUUUCCUCACGAACAGCAAGCGUGGAGAAAGAAGAAUGGCAUCAGUGGUGCUGGCGGUUGGAAGUAA